AUGGUGCUGCUAAGCAAUGUUGUAGUGUUUCUUCUUGCGAUGAAACUUCGAACAAUAAGAAAAGAAAAAAAGAAAAGAAGAAAGAUGAAGAGAAAGAUGGUUGGAAGAGAACAAGCACCAUCAGAAAGAAGUACAAGUGUUCGUCAGACAUCUUCUGAAGAGAAACCUGUCAGAAUGCACACUGCGAGUGAACUCGUUGUAAAGGCUGCACGAAAACUUCCAACGAUGACGCUAGACGAAAAGAAAGCCGUGAAGAAUCGCGUUAAGAACCUCUUGCAGUUGCGUGAUACGAAGAAGAGGGAAACUACUAAAUCACAGGAGUCCUUUGAAUCUCAAAGCAGUUCUGCUACUCACGCGAAAGGUUUCGUGGCACCGAAUUUACUCAGGAAACAGGAAACAAUGUUUGGAAGGCUUUUUCAUUCAUGGAAUGCUUAA